AUGCCCUCCCUCCUCACCCGCCUCCGCUCCUCCUACAAAUCCCUCCGCUCCGCCCUCCUCCCCAGCGGCGAUGCCAUCUCCUCCACUCCUCUGCUGGACAUGCUCGCCCACAACUGGCACCUCGGCCUAACCUGCUUCGGCGGGCCCACGGUCCACUUCCAGAUCUUCCAAGAACUCUUCGUCGAAAAAUACGCCUGGAUCGACGCGGCGACCUACCUCGAACUGUUCGCUUUAUGCCAAGCUCUCAGUGGUCCCGCGAGUACGAAAAUGAUCUAUGCGAUUAAUGUACUGCAUUAUGGAUUGGCCGUGGGGGUGGGGAGUUUUUUCGUGUGGAGUUUACCCAUGGCGAUUGCGGCGUUUGGUCUCGGGUUGGGAGUGGGUAAUAUUGGGGAGGAGUUGCCGGCGCCGGUGUAUGCACUUUUGAGUGGACUUAAUUCGGCGACGGUGGGGAUUAUUGCGCUUGCGGCGGUGCAGUUGAGUAAUAAGGCGAUUACGGAUACGUUGACGAGGUGUUUGGUGUUUUUGGGGGGGACGGCGGGGAUGUUGUAUAAUGCGCUAUGGUACUACCCUGUGCUGAUGGCGGCUGGUGGGAUCGUCACGGUGAUAUUCGACUUGAAGCUAGUACAGAGGGCAUGGAGGAAACUCUCGCCGCGUCAGGAAGCACCACCACCGGAAGAAGUCCACCACAGCGCCAUCGAGAUGGGCAGCAUCCACCACUCCGCCGAGCCACGAGCAUCAACCUCCAACCUCCACGCCCGGACCUCCACCAUCAAGACGCCCACCGAUCCCACCGAACCCACCGCAGCAGUCUCCCACCAAUCCGUCCUCGCCGAAGAAAUCUCCACCCCACCCACCCCCGUCCUGUCCUCCUGGAAACUCGCCACCGCCAUCAUAACCGCUUUCUUCGCCUCCUUCAUCACCGUCAUGGUCUGCCGCGGCACUUUCGGCGGCGCAAACCGCGGCUUCGACCUCUUCUCCAACCUCUACCUCGCCGGAACCAUCAUUUUCGGCGGCGGACCCGUCGUCAUCCCUCUCCUCCGCGAGUACAUCGUCACCCCCGGUUUCGUGUCCCCGCGAGACUUCAUCCUCGGACUGGCCAUCACACAAGCGUUUCCCGGCCCGAAUUUCAACUUCGCCGUCUACUGCGGCACCUUAGCUGUCCAGGGAUCCCGUAUACCACCCGUGGUGGGAGCGAUGAUUGGAUACGUCGGUAUUUUCCUCCCGGGUAUGUGGCUACACACGGGAUUCAUCGGAUUGUGGUCAAGUGUGCGUAAAGUGCAAGUCGUGAGGGCCCUGUUGAGGGGUAUCCACGCGAGUGCGGUGGGAUUGGUUUUCACGGCGGUGUAUCGUAUUUUUCAGAUUGGGUAUUUGGAUGGGGAGAAUCAGAAUGGAGCGAGUUUGAGUCGGGAUCCGUGGUGGUUGGUUGUUGUUGCGACGAGUUUUGUGGGCGGGAUGCAUUUUGGGGUUAGUCCGCCGAUGGCGGUGGGGUUGGGGAGUGUUAUGGGGUUGGUCUGGUUUGGGGUUACGCAAGGGUAG